UAUGCCUGAGGGGGCACAAAGGAACAAAUGUACUGGGGUUGGUCACUGCGAGAUUCUGCUGAGAGAUGUCUACGACCACUUUAAGGAGGCUGUGGAUAGAGUAAACAUUCUUGGUUACAUCGCUGCGAGGAAAAGAGGCAGAGAGAACACUGGAGAAAAGGCAUCAAAUGGUUUAUACCUCAUAAUCGACAUUGCGAAUCCAAAGAAAAAGAAACUUUAG